UUGACAGUUGUACGUCAUUCAUGCUCACACUUGCUAACGUACAGCUGUCAAACGGCGCAAAUACAUAUUUACAUAUCGUGCGGAUAAUCAACAAGAUAUGAACCAACUCCGAUACAGUGUACAAAGCUAGAGGAAUUUUAUCAUCUACACUGAAUAGAGACAUUCCUUAGUGGGUUGGCAAUAUUCCCACAGACAGAUUGACUUUUAGCAGCUGCGAUGGAGAAGGUGAACCUUUUGCAGACGCUUACCGGGCAUGUUGGCCGUGUCUGGAGUGCGUCUUGGCAUCCGAGUGGCAACAUGUUCGCCUCUUGCGGCGAGGAUAAAACAAUUCGCGUAUGGACGAAGACGGACUCGAACCGGUGGAUCGCUCAGACAGUACUCACGGAUGGACAUUCGCGUACCAUACGCGACGUCGCAUGGUCGUACUGUGGACACUAUCUUGCAUCGGCAAGUUUCGACACAACGGUGGCAGUUUGGGACAAAAAGUCAGGGGAAUUUGAAUGCAAUGCCACACUGGAGGGUCAUGAUAACGAGGUUAAAAGUGUGACCUGGUCCAGGUCGGGAAACUUGCUGGCAACCUGCAGCCGGGACAAGUCGGUCUGGAUCUGGGAGAUACACAAUGCGCCGGACCAGGAGGACGAGUAUGAGUGUGUUGCGGUGCUGAAUGGGCACACGCAGGACGUGAAAAAGGUAUGUUGGCAUCCGCAGGAAGAUUUGCUGGCAUCCGCCAGUUACGACAACUCGAUACGGAUGUACCGUCAGGACACGGUGGACAACGAGUGGGAAAUGCUCGAACCGAUGGAAUCGCACAGCUCAACCGUAUGGAGCAUAUCGUUCGAUGCGACCGGCAAACGUUUGGCGUCCUGCAGCGAGGACAAGACGGUCAAGAUCUGGCAGCAGUAUGGGCCGGACAAUACGCUCGGCAUACCGUGCCCGGAGAAGGGUUCGGUGUGGAAGUGUGUGUGCACCCUCGCUGGGUUCCAUUCGCGCAGCGUGUACGAUAUCGACUGGUGUAAACAGACGGGCCUGCUAGCGACUGCUUGUGGCGAUGAUUUGAUAAGAAUAUUUAAGGAGGCAGCCGAUUCCGACCCGAACGAACCCACGUUCGAGCUGGUGGUAACGAUUGAAGCACACAGCCAGGAUGCGAACAAAGUUGCCUGGCAUCCCGUCACACCGGGUGUCCUGUUGACGGCGAGCGACGAUGGUGAAAUAAAGAUAUGGCAGUUUCAGGACGAGGACUAUUUCAGGAAAAUGAAGAGCGUAGUUGUAACGAGAGUAGUGUUGGUGAUGGUGGUGCUGCUGUUCGGACGCGGUCCUGUUCACGGUGUGAGGCCCCUGUCUGGCAACGGUGCCAGCCCGAAUGGCGCCUAUCCUGGCAUGCAGCUGCUCAGCGAGUCCGUACACGAUGAGCGGCCGGCCGUGGAUGACCGCAGCCCGUUGCUGGUGCUGACGAAGGAGAGCGGACUGGCGAGAAACGCACCACCGCUGCACGAUGAUAUGCCCGAUACGAAUCCGCUGAGCCUGGAAAGUUUGCUGGUGCCAAGGGACAGCUUGGUGUACCCCGAGCGGGAGGGUGAUCUGAGCACCGCCGAAGAAGAGGAGGAAGAAGCGGAAGAGGAUGCUAUGGAGGAGGAUGAGGAUGAUCGGGACGAGGAGGAAGCGCAGGAGGACGAGAUCCGCGAGCGAGAUGGGUUAGCGCGUGAUGGUGAGGAGAACCGUCGCUUUCCAACAUUCUACGUACGUCCAAACCACAGUGCCGGUACGAAAAUGGUACCGGGCGAAGAUCUGCGCCAUCGUUCCAAUCCUUGUGGUUCUGGCAUCCUCGAACAUUUGAAGUCGUCGGAGCACGUUGUACCGGUGCGGCGAAGCCCAGAGGAGGAGGACACAAACUUUUACAUCGACGUUACACACGAUCUGUUAGAAACGCAUACCGGCAUUGUACCGCGUGUUACAUAUCGAGUGGAAGCAAGACGCUCGCCGGACACACAAAUUCGGGAUUUUUACAUCGAAUCUUUAAUUGGUGAUCCGUACAGUUUCGAGCAAUCAACGGCACACCCGAUCGGUCAGUUCAGCUCGCGUAGAGUAGAUAAUGAUAAUGGGCGCCAGGAGAAUGGGUACAAGCAGUCACCCGGCGAUGUGGAUAGUAUUCCUCGGAGUACCUGGAUCGAUGACUUGGAGAUAGACUGGUUGCAUCAUGCGUACGCGACCCAGCAACAGCAACAUCACAAGCAGCGCGUCAUAUUCGGCGAACCGUUUCCUGCGUACUUCGACGUAGGGAACGAUCACGACUCUACACGGUCCGACGACGAGGACGAUGAUGACAACCUGUUGGAUGAGAGUUCGUUCGAGUUCGAGGAGUCGGAAAUGCGCCCGAAACGGCCCCUACACACGAGACGGUCCGGUAAGGGAUGUCCGCGCAAUGUCUGGAAGCAUGACGGCAUGCUGGAGGAGCAGGUAACCAUCAACUGGUCUGUCCCGGGGACACAGACGAACGGAGCAACGUUCAAUAGCUCCAGUACCAGCGCGAGUGGAGCUGCUGAAAAUCAGAGUAAAACUAUUUACUUUAGAAUAUUAUAUCGUACAAUGACUAGCUACGUGAUCUACGAAUUGAUCUAUACAAUGGUGCUUUUACGAGAAUGUAGCUUAUAUCUCAGGCAAUCACAAGGAAGGAUCGCAUCGAAUAGUCUCCCAAAUGGUUACCAGGACUGUAGUCUAACUUUCCCAUCACGGCCAACCGCCCAACCAGAUGAACUACCCGGUUUACUAGUUCAGCUGACACGACUCAAUACACCGUGUCGGGGCGGAGGGUAUCUUCGCUUCAUGCCCGACCCGAACCAGCAACAGGGCACCAGCAACGGUGGUGAAGCUGGUGGUAACACUAACCACUUCACCAAUCAUGAUGAGGAGCAACCGAGUGCUCGUGGUGAUCAUCAAACCAUAUCACUGUGCGGUAAGCUGGAGGAGCUGCCACCAUCGGAGCGUGCGUUUCACUUUCAAUCACAUCAUAACACCACCCUGUGGCUGCACAAUUCACCACUGUUUAGCUUGCAGUACCGACUAGUGGACUACUGCUACAACAUGACACUAAGGGAACAGAACGGUACGGUCCAGUUGCGGCCCGGUGACGGAUCGCUCGACUGUUACUUUCGCAUACAUCUACCGUACGGAUAUCGAAUAGCGUUACAUCUGCUGACGAACGAAUGGCAACAGGGUCGUCACACGGGAGCAGCCAACGAUAGCAAUGUUGCUCCCGUUCGGCAGGAAACGAUUCAGCUAGGUGUGGACGAAACGGAAACUGGAAACGCACAGUUUCUCGCACCGAUUCGUUGUUCGUCGGUGAAUGGUAUGCUCGUGGAGGUGUAUGAAGACGGCGAACAUCGGUGGGUGUCCUGUAUCAACAGUAGCUCAGAGACGACACGCUACACGCUAACGUCCAGCGGUAACAACAUCGUAGUGAAAGUAAGCAAACUACAGCAACCGAUCUUCGAGCAGACAGGGAUCGACGAUAGCCGUAAUUCUAAUGAUCCAUUAAGCUCACCUUCGUUAUCAUCACCAUCGUCGCCAUCAGAGUCUGGAAUGCGUGAAAACGGUACGGCGACACUGCUGUUCGAGUACAGGGCGAACCCGAUCGAAUCCAUUACUUCACGUUGUGCCUUUGGUUGGAUAGCAACCACUCAGUUCUGCAUUGCGUCCAUCGAGCGACGGCUGUCGUGGCAGGAGGCUGAAGCCGAAUGCAACCGGCUCGGUGGCCAUCUAAUGUCAAUACGCUCGAGCGAGGACCAACAACUAACCGAUCAACUGCUCUUCAACAGCCCGGCUUACAAAGAUGAUAAUGCGUACUGGAUUGGUGCGUCCGAUCUCAUCGUGGAGAGUGACUUCAGGUGGAAUGACAAGUUUGCCUUCACAUACUCGAAUUGGUUUCCCGGCUGGGUGCACCAGGAAAACUACAAUCGGCAACCGAACGAUGAUGGGCUGAGUGGGCAGGAUUGCGUAGAAAUCCGACGCCACUUUCAGAUUGCAACGAGCAGUGGGCAAACCACUCCUACUGUUAGUCCGCUCACUCUAUCAUACAUGUGGAACGAUCGGAAUUGUGAUGCCCGUAACUACUUCCUGUGCGAGCGAAUGAUGGACGAAGAGCUUCCAGAGCGACUUUGGAAUGAGUCCGAAUGCAACGUAACUGUCACGCUCAGUGUGGAACGGUCGAAGGCAACAAUCUGGAGUCCGGGAUUUCCCCAACAGUAUCCGGACAGUGUCGACUGCUAUACGCUUGUACAGGCACCGUUAGGCUAUCGCGUAGUGCUGGACUUUGAGGAGAUGGUAUUGGAGAACGAACCAAUCUGCUCCUACGACUAUCUGCAACUGAUCGAACCGGACGUGACAGGGUCCUAUGUGCCGUCAAAGUCGGCGAAAGACUUCUCCAACACGGUAUUGUUUCGCUUUCGUAACUCACGCCAUAGCGGCCGUUACAACGUACAGCAUCGGAGGAAAAGUACCAAAGCGGGGCAGACUUCUGCAGGCAUUGGUCGCAGCGGUACAGAUGGAGGUGGUGACGCAGUCAGUGACAUCGAGAACAGAAGCGAUAUCAACUUCAACGUGCCGAGCAUUGUGCUGCAACCGAGUGAUGCACGGUACACGAGUAGCUUACCACUGCCGGAGCUGAGUUUGGGCAGUGUGCCCAGGAAAAUCUGUGGCGAUUGGAGCUCGAAACUGAAGCUGCUACGCUACGUAACGACGGGACCAUCGCUUGGCUUACGUUUCGUGUCGGACUACUCGAACAACUACGGUGGUUACAAGGCGAGGAUCUCGAUGGAAAACGGAAGGCCGAGGGCACCUGUAACAUCCGAGUGUCACGACGAACGGUUUAAGGCGUACAACAACUCGUGCUAUCUGAUCAUCUCCUACCCGGACGUGGACUGGACGACUGCUCAGCAAAUCUGCCGCGGUAUUGGUGCGCAACUUGCCUCCAUAUCGACAACGGAUGAGCAGAGGUUUAUUACGUCAAACAUUCGGAACAGUAUCGACUACACGCCACGAUCGCUUUACUGGGUUGGUGGAGAGAUAACCGUCAAUGGUAACCUCGAGUGGGUGGAUGGAGUGAAGCUAUUGUUUGAGGGCUGGUUGCCGGGUCAGCGACCAGAAAAGUCAGAUACAUCCAAAAUACCUGCCUGUCUGGGCCUGCAGUGGAAGGUAUCUCCAACGCCAAUGAUUUCGUCAGGCCUCCACUGGACGGCACAAAAAUGUUCGAUGAUCGGUGGAUACGUAUGUAAGAAGCCCCGGCCACGGUUGGAUGAAACGAUGGUGAAAAACCAAACGCUUUCCGGUACGGAGGGUCACCUAUUAUCACCCGGCUAUCCGAAUCCUUAUCCUGCUCAAACCGACUUCUGGAUAAGGAUCGUUGCACCGGAACACCGACGCAUCAUUAUACAGUUUCAGAAGCUAGAUCUUGAGCAUCAGGACGAGUGUCUGUACGAUUACAUCAGUAUUCAAAACUAUCCAAUACUGCCGAACGCUAGGGGAGGCUAUUCGGGACCUGGUGGAGAACCGUCGACGGAGUACUUCAAUGGUAAUGGAAGUGCCAGCAAGUUGCGUGUCGAUCAUGCUGCGGUAAAAGAACACAGCCUAACACAGCUGAGAGGUUCUUCGAUAGAUGGGCAGAAGAAUUUCCCAUUACCAGAGAGUUAUUCCAGUAGGGAAAAUCACACUGUAUCUGGUGCUAGGUUCCAGCGCCGAAUCCGUUACGUUAGUAGUAGUACGGGUGCAGAGUACGGUACUGGUGAUCAGGACAAUACAGCAGAACGGGAGGUAGUUAAUGUACAUCCGGUAACGCUACUGAACGAUCCCCUGUUCCAGUUCCAUGAGCUUACUCCAUCCUUUUUACCGUACGUGCGUUGGUGCGGUACACACGAUAGCAAUAUGGCACGGUUUAACUUUAUCUCGACGGGCAACGAGGCAAUCGUGCGCUUCCAUUCGGAUUUCUCCAUCAGUGGGACGGGCUUUUCGGCAACGUGGAGCACCGUCGAUAUGACCGGAUGUCCGCUGCAGACCAUUACCUCAAAGGAGGGUUCCAUCCGGAGCCCAAACUAUCCGUACUUCUUGCUGAACAACAUCGAUUGUACGUACGUGAUACAGGCACCGUUCGGAAGGCGCGUGUGGUUGGAGUUCCUGCUAACCGACCUGACGCAAGAUGCAACGCUCCUGGUAGACAUUGCCGACGGUCCGUUCGAACCGUUUGCAGAUGAAUCGCACGUAAACGACGGUGUGUUCGUUAGCAAGGGUGAACGGUUAGUCGUGCGAUUGAAGACGGGUGCCUCGCCCAAAGGAAAUGGGUUCCAUGCGAUCUUCAAAACAUUGGCACAUGUCAAUGAGCAGCGUUUUAUUACGCUCUCCAAUAAGACAACCGGUAUGCUGUACUCGCUCAACUAUCCAGAGGCGAUGCCGUACGAUGUUGACUACACGCAGCACUUAAUCGCUCCGCUCGGUGAAGUGAUCCUGCUGGAGCUGUACGGUGUUGGCUUUAGCCAGCAUGGUUGCCAUCAGACGGGAUUCAUAGAGAUAUACGAUAACUACACAGACAGCAAUGGGACGUUGUGGCAUCUAUGCGAACACCACUCAGCAGGUAAGCCGACACCCGUUGACACCGAGGCAACCAAGGUGAAUGGUGUGGAGCAUCAUUAUUUGGCACACGGUGCAGCGAAACUCCGACAGCCAGCUGUGUCCGGUCAUAAUCUUGCGAAGCCUGCUCCGAUCUACAUCACAUCGUAUCUGAACACGAUCCACAUACGGCAGCGUAACGCUAACGGUACAGGCAUACGGUUAAACGCUACCGUACGGCUGCAGGAGGACGCUGGCUACAAAAUGAAGCUUAUCUCCAACACAGACGAAUGGGUCGAAAGCUGCAAACCGAACCCAUGCCAGUACGGUGGUAAGUGUAUUACCGCUGGACAGAAGCGUGGCAUCUGCCAGUGUUACGGUCACUUUACCGGUCGUUUCUGUGGCUUGAACAUCUGCGAGCUGGAACCGUGCUUCUUUGGCAAAUGUGAACUAACGCCCACCAGCUUCAAGUGUAACUGUCAGCCCGGGUUUGUUGGUGUGAGGUGUGAUCAACGUCAGAAACCUUGUGCAGAAAAUCCGUGCGAAAGCCGUGGUGAAUGUUUUGAAAAAAAUGGUGGAUUUUUUUGCCGCUGUCACGCGUGGUGGGAAGGUCCACGGUGUGAAAAGCGCAUGAUGCACAUACCGUACAAACCACUGUCGGAACGGAUGCUGCAGGAACCAUUCUGGCUCGGGCUGAUUACCGUAUUCGUCGUGCUUGCCGUAAUCGGGCUCGUCUGGUGUGCCAAGCGCCAUUUUCCGGAAAAGAUCGAAAAGCUACUCGCCGACGAUACGCAGAUAAAUCGAAGCACCUUUCCGCCGCACCAUCUGAACACUGCCUUGCGCGAGCAGCUGCAGGCUACUGCCGGUACCGUUUCCUCCUCAAACGCUACUACGCCCGCAUCGCAUCGGACGAUCUUUGGACGAUUGGGUAUAAGAAAACCAUCCAUAUUGAGUCUCAGCAGCCCACAGCAAGUUGGAGGGGCUACCGCUAGAACAUUUUCUUUAGAUGAUCUUUUACGGCCCCCUCCUCGACGCACACCAUCACCGAGGAAAAAGCGAAACAAUUCGACACCAACGAAGAAGAACGUCAACGAAAAGAAACAGAUUCUGCAGCAGCUAGUGUCACCGGCGCAAAAUGCGGCUACUAAACAAGUAAGCUUGGGUGAGCUGAUCCAGCUUUCGGAGACCCGGCUGAAGGCAAACUAUGCCGAGUCGGAUGCCGGCAUGAAGGAGACAACCUUCUCCGAGAACUCCCUCUCGGUGACAUCGAUGGUACGGCAGAUCUCGGAUCCGAAGCUCGAGAAGAAGGUCACCUUCGCGCGGCUCCUCAGCAAAGUGUCGGCGGAGAUGAGCUCCGGCUCGGAAGACCUGGCGAAUGGAACGAAGCAUUCUAGUGCCCUAAGUCUUCCAAAUGAGGUACCGCCACGCGCAAAUUCCGUACCACCGUCGCCGUGCACAAACGAAAUCCGGUCGCCCCACAGUACGUCGUCGAACCAGGGCAGCGAUUCGCUUUCGAGCUCCGAGCUAGCGCUGCACGAUUUUGGCUUGCGCAGCAGCAACCGCCGAACGCGGCCGAAGGUAUCGAGCGCCGAUUCGAUCUUGGCGAUGUUCAAAAACUUUGCCGCGUCCAGCAGCGCGCUCAAUACGCUGCCCUCAUCGAUCAUCAUCUCGCCGUCGUCCACACCGACCGCCUCCAGUCCGCAGGAUGAUGUGCCGGGUGAUGACGAUUCGUCCACCUCGUCCAAUCACACGCCGGUUAGCUACUCGAGCGGCGGCACAUCCGAUUCGCCCGUCUUCUACCGCCAGAGCACGAUCGAGGUACCGGUACUGGAUGCGCUCAGCGCCCACAAGUCGUCGACAAACACGACGACAAGCAGCAGCACGUCGGCGACCACCGCUCAGAUGCAUCCGCCCACGAUACUGCUCGAGAUACCGAGCAACGGUAUCAACAACAAGUGUUUGUCGCCGAUCCGCGAAAUGCCCACACCGAUACCGUCACCGGCACUAACGCCAAUCAUGCCCCGGCCGCAACGCAUGCGUACUCCACAGUCGAUCCACGACGAGUCGAUGUCCGUAACGUUCAACAGUGGCUACGAAGAUUACCACAAGCCCCAUCAGCUAUCAAUUGAAAUACGGCCGCCGGACGAACCCGACCGUGGCGAGUACUCCUCCUCUACAACACUCUCGUCCUCGCAGAGCGACUCCACGGUCGAUGGUCCCACAGGUCUCGGUGUACCGAUGAUAUCGAUCGACAUCCAUCCACCGACACCAGAACACAAGAGCCCCGAGCGGCCACGCGAUUUGAUCAUUCCAGAGCUAGUGAUACAGCAACCGAGCCCAACAAAGGAGCGCACGACCGUGGUGGUAAUACCCGGUUCUCCACCGCCGCAGCGUGCCAACCACACAUUCGACGCUAGCAUACUGUCGAACAGCGGUAGCAAGCAGCAGCAACAGAAGAGAUUUCUAAAGCAGUGGGAAAAGCCAACCUCACUCGAUCUCCCGUUCGAUCCUCCAAUGAUAACGAUCACCUGCAACAAUAGCGAGGUGGUGUCUGAUGCGGAUGUACCUUCACCAGCACAUCCGAUAGGUUCGAAAGCAUCCAAGACAAAUGGGGCCGGAGGUCUUGGACCUCCCGGUGGUAUGUGCUACCUGAGCCCGUUCUCGAUGUGCAUACGCGGUGAUCGUGCCCCGUCCGAAAGCAAUCUUAGCUCGUCUGGCUACUCCAGCAUGGCAAGUCCAGGUCCGAGUCGCUGCGGUUCCAACAAUCCACUGUUUCCAAACGAAUCAGACGAGCCUGGCUCAGGUUCCGCUGGUCCAGGUGGUUAUUCGGGAUUUCACUCACUGAUCAACAAUCGACGACAAUCAUCUAAUGUAAGGAAAAAAUCUACGGAUAAUGGCAACGGUGCUGGUGUGGGAAGUACCAACACCGGUCAAACCACCGGCUUUGGACAGCAUCAGCCAUCCUCAUUUCGGCUCCGUUCCGACUCGGAAACAUUGUCCGACGAGCCACUGCUCGAGUCGAACGACGAAGGUAUCGGUACGGAUCAUUUGGAUGAAAAAAUUGAGGAAGGCGAAAUACGUAGCGCCAAGGAGCUGGAGCUGUACCUCGGCAAGGAACUGAUCCAAACAGGGCAGGACAUUUUGAGCCAAGAGAACCUAUCGAUGUCGCAACUGCAGCUUCCCGUCAUCGUCAUCCAGUCGGACGCCGGGUACGAUAAGCCGUCCCCCGUUUCGUCCCGCUCCGACAGUCCCCUGAGCGAACGUAAUGCCAGCAUGGAACGGUUCUCGCCCAUGUUCUACGGCAAGAAGGAUCAGCAUCUCCCGUUCACGGACUCGGACGGACUGUACGACUUUCCUUCGUCCGAUGGCAAGGGUGGGGCGGGGAGUACGGUCACCACCGCGCAUCGCAAAUGUGUCGGCCGCAGAAAGGAUCGGCGCGUGGCCCGUUCCGGUCUGGUGUCGGUACAGUCACCCUCCAAGUCUACCUCCGUGCUGUUGGAGAUUCCCGGCAGCAAGGAAAACGUUGCCCAGCACGGUCAGCACAACAGUGGCGGCAAGUUCGUUGGUACAGCGCCAACCACUCGCAAAAGUCCGAAGAGACGCGUGCAUCGUCAGCCGUUGGCGAGCAGCUCCUCGUCUACGGAGUCGCUGACGUCCAUGCGGGAGUAUGCAAUCCGAUCAUGCAAAGAUCAAGCUGGUACAACACAUGUCUCCACCAUGAAAGAUUCGGUGGAAAUGUGCGAUAAUGGCGAUAGCAAAGGUGAGGAAAUAUCUAACAAUCAAAUGCUACCUAAACCACCACCGCCGGAGGAUAUGCGCAAGCCGCCUUACAAAAUACGACGGCUGAAGGCGAUCGGAAAUCAGAUAAGGUUUUUACGCCGGCUGGAGCGUUCCAUACACCGCAAAGAGCAACCGUCUCAGCCGUCGGACGAGGACAUGAGUGAGGGUGUUGGUAUGAAGGAUUCGCCAAAGAUGUCGUCACCGCUUAUCAGAUUCAAACAGUCCCAAAUCGACGAGGAAGAUGAAUCGGAGGAGGACGAUAGUAAGAACAAAUACUAUUCCAACCCACUGAACAAGCAACAGCAGCAACUCCAGCAGCAGCAGCAGCUUCUGCUACCCUCGGAGGGUAACGCGGUCAACUCCAACACCCGCCAGCACUGCAAGAUAUCGCGUCAGCGACGUGUGCCCAGCCAUGAGUGCUACGCAGCAAAACCAUGGUCCGAGGCGGAAUGUAAGCUGCUCGGUGGUGAAGUAAACAGUGACUGAAGAAAUUAGUUAGACAGCAUUCAACCGUACCGAGACGCGUGUCCGACCUUAUAUUUGCACAAUAUAAGUAAAAUAUGUAUUUCUCAUCUCGAACAGUAAGAAAGGGGCUUUGUACAGUUCGACAACCGGCAAGUCACUCAAAAAUUGCAAAGCAAAAGAAAAAAACACUAAAUAGCACAUACUGAAAACCGGUUGAGGACAGUAGUGCUGCGGGGUAGUGUACUAUUUCCCGCGACGGCUCCACUGCUGGGUUGUGCUUUGAAUGUCUAGAAGUGUGCAACACAUUCACUAACCUGCUAUAGCUACCUACGCAACGCUCCGGAUAGACAUCUCCAGAGUCGACAUCGACUGACUGCAGCCAAAACGUGUCAGUAAACCGUAACCCGGGAAAAAAGAAAAAAAAAGACAAAUUGCACACUUGCAGAUGUCAUCAUCAACACAAACCGAAGCGGAAAUGACGUAGAGCGAAGCAUUACACUUAUUGUGGUGGAUUUAAAUUGACAUAGCAAUAUAGGAUAGCUACGAAAACCACACAAAUUAUAUACAACAACAAACAAACAAACAAAAAAAAUCAUGAGAAACAAAAAAAUACAAUUUACAGCUACAUAUGAACACACUAACUCGUGUUACGACGUUUUUUGAUCAGUACUAGAGUUUUAUUAAACACUUAAAAAAUAAACACUUAAACAAAACCGGACAUACAAAAACAAAACCCAAAAAAUUACAAAACCUGACCGUAAAAACAUAGUCCGCGCUGCUAUAUAAAAAAAAAAUUUUGCUAAUAUUUAUAUGUGUUCAGUUGAUCUAAACGGUUUUUAGCAAUGUUUGCAUAUAUCGCAUAUAUUGUGAAUAUGUAACAUACAAUAUAUAGAGAAGUGUACUAGAAAGCGCGUGCAAAAAAAAUAAAGGAAUAGUAAUGUAUGAAGACACACAAAAAAAACAAAAAAAACGAAGCGGAAGCAGCGUGCGAAGUAGUAGCGUGCAAAACAAAUAAAAAAGUUACAAAACAAUAUAUAUAUAUAUAUAAAUUGCCCAAUUUGCUGGUGCAUGUGGGUAUACACAUUUUUUCUACAGACAACAUUCAUUCGAGAUAGGAGAUGGAAAAUAUGCACACUAAUAGGCAUGCACCGCACACCAAAUGCGCUCACGCACACAUUACACACACUUACACAUACACCCAAAAAAAACACCGUCACACAUGUAUUUUCACUUGCAUAACGACUAGCACAUCGGAUUAGUAAAGCUGGAAAAAUUGUCAAAAAGAAAAACAACAACACAAAAAAAACAUAACUACUUGAUACAUCACCCAGAACAGAGACUGAUUUUCUAACAUAAGAGAAACCAAGAAAAAAAGUAAACGAAUGAGUAGAAAGCAUUAGAAGGAUCCCACGCGAUAUUGUUCAUAGUUUUUUUUUCUUCUUCUCAUGUUCAAUAUAAGUGUUGUAAUUAUCGAAUAUACGGAACACGGCUAGAUGUGAUUGUUUCGCCUAACUUCCUUCGAUGCACUUAGGUUUACCCCCCACCCGCAAAUAUGGCGGCAUUUACAUGUGUCCUACGUGUGACUUCAAUACGCUGCACGACUAUUUCGAUUAGGUGGGUGUGACAGUUGUAGUAGUAGAGAUAGUAGCUAAACCAGAGACGAUGAUCAUAAUACACAUUUACCCGCACGCGCGCACACACUCACACACACACACACGUUUUAUGUCGUUUACUGAGCUGUCAAACCGUGACAGCCGCGUACGGAGAACAUGUGUUUUCCUCCAUUUAUUAAAGUCAUUCACGCACAUGCUCAUGUUACAAUCAUCGUUGUUUUUCGAACAACUCUAGUCUAGAUGUCCAGCGCGAAUGAUGGGAAAGAAGUAUAUUACCGGUAUUAGCGCAAGGAUGGCAACGAUGCUAUUUUAACGUAUAUUGUACGAAAUAAUAGUUCAAAUCGGUGGGUGCCAGGUGGUAAAGGGACAGACGGUAGUGUGUACUUCUUUAAAUGUGGUUUUUAUUUUAAUUUUCGUCGCAACUGCAAGUCAAGUUGCUCAAACCGGUAGUUUCAUGGAGGAAAAAAAUCGGGCAAGUGUAACAAAAAAAAAAAAACAUUUCACUCACUUUGCCGCGAAUGUGUGCGUGGUUUUCGAUACAUAGAAGAAAAAAAGAACAAAACAAAACAAAGCAAAAAAAAAAAAUUGCAGCAAAAUCAUACAAACAAUAUUAGCUUUAAGUCUAUUGGGAAAAUUAAGGAUACGGGUUCAGCGAUCUACAAAAUCCCAAUUCAAGAUUUGCCUUCCACAUACACAUUCAACUAGUCACAUACAUUGAUACGCAUACCAGACACUACUUACACAAAAAAAAAACAUGUACUCUUACACACGGAAAUGUGUACGUUUUGUGUUUUUUAAAAAAAACUAACGACUACGUCCUAAGCUUUCGAUACUAUAAGUAGCAUAAAAACUAUUGUUCCGUUAAUUGUUGAUUGUUUUGAGCGAAUUUUGUAAGCCUACAAUUUAGAAACUAUACGGAAAAUUAACUAACAGCACUACGUCUACAGAGAUUUAACUAGGACCAAAAAAAUGAUGUAUAAUCAUAACCUAAAGCCCAAACGUAAGGAAAACGAAAAAAAAAACAAAAAAGAUGCCUUCUGUGAUAAGAAUUGAACCGUGGCAAAAAAACGGAGAAAAAUGAAGGGUAGAGGUGUUUAAACGAGAACCAAAAAAAAAUGGGAGAAAAAAAUCCGCGUGUGUUUUUCCUAUAAUUGUGUUUCAAUUUCAUUCGUUUUUUGGGGUUUGUGGCGACGUCCUCACUGGCCAGCCCGAGAGCCUCGACACAAAACGUUAGGUUCGAGAAACGUUUCAAACAAGAGGAUCUUGUUCACCGAAUCGUACACUCCCAUAUUUCGAAUGCAACGCCCGUUUCCAGUUGCAUCAUCACGUGGCACUUAAGAUAUGUGUUUCCCGUGAUCGUACUAAGAUCGAUCGAGAGAGAAAGAGAGAGAGAAAGAAAAAAAAGAAGAAGAAGAAGGAGAAGAAGAUGAAGAGAGAGAGAGAGAGAGAGAGAGAGAGAGAGAGAGAGAGAGAGAGAGAGAGAGAGAGAGAGAGAGAGAGAGAGAGAGAAAAAAAGAAACACAUUUAGGGAGUAAAAAACGUAGCUAGCACUAUUUUUGCACGUAAAACAUCUCUAACUGUUCAUUUUCCAAAAAACUAAUAGCAAUAAACCAAAAGCAACAUUAAAUAGUUAAACACGUCGGAGUCGGCCGGAAGUAUCGAAAACCACGGUACUUACAAAUUACUUUACAAGCAAUGUAUUUCUUAAUGCUGGUAUAGGUGUUUUAACGGUUAAUUGGAAAUCACUCUAGGUUUAAGCAGGGUUUGAGCAGAAAAUAAAACACGCGAAAUUGAUAGAACAUAAUAGCAAGGCGGAGGUAGGCGGAGAAGCAGCAGAUGAGCAGACGAAACGAACACUCUGCGAACAACAGCAGUAAACCGGAAGAAGGAUACGAACGGCAAUACGGCCAGAAAGGGAAAGGUAUUUUCCGACAGUGGAAGAAAAAGAAGAAGAAAAACAAACAAUAAAACAUUAAUUGUUAUUAAGAAGAAAAACUAAUUACAAUUCCACCGCAAAACUAAUUACUUUAAGGCUAAUUGUUUACUAUUUAAAGAUUACCAAUAUGUGCACUUUUCUAAGUAAGUUCGUGGCAAAACGAGAGCAAAAAAUAAGCAAAAAAAAAAAACAGUGAACCUAAACGACAGACAAAGAGCAAAAACUAAAGCUGUUAAUUAAUGACCAUGUAUAUGUUCUUAGAAAUCUAUCGAUAAUAAAACUAUAAAAAAAACCAAGCAAGCAAAACAGA